CAGGGACACACUCACAGUUUGGCUUUAGUGUCCGGGAGUGUGAAGAUCAGGGAAGAUCAAACUACCGGCUGUAGGUUGACCCCUGAGCCUCCGUGUCUCCCCUUCAAGGAUACAGGUUGCACACUAGGGACACCGCAGUACUCCUGAGCUCUGCCACCCUUGCCAAAGCCACAAUGUCACAGUUCUGUACAAUGCCAGCUGCAGAGAGGAAGACGCGCGCAGCGGCUAUUUGCCGAGAGGUCCACGGUACCGACGGGGACAUAAUGGAUCUGGGAAAGAAGCUCAGCACUCCUAAAGACAUCAUGUUGGAGGAGUUAUCGCUGCUCUCCAACAGAGGCUCCCGGCUUUUCAAAAUGCGCCAAAGGAGAUCUGAGAAAUACACGUUUGAAAGCAUCCAGAACGAGGCGAACGCACAGCUAAACAACGAUGUUUUAAGCGAGAACACACACGGUGUGGAAAUCAAAGUGGAUCCGCCGGCUGACGGAAAUGCUGCCAAUCAAGGAAACGCUGUUUCAGACACGACUGCAGAGAAGUUAAACCCUUCAGCGAUGCCCAAGUCCUACCACUCCCCGUGGGAGCAGGCGAUCCUCAGCGACCCCGACCUCGCCGAAAGCCUCAAACUGAGCAUGCCGGCACCAGACCCCCGCCCAGACCUUCCGGAGUUCAAAUGCUUUAACCGGGUGGCCACGCCGUUUGGUGGCUUUGACAAAGCUCCCAGAGCGAUCACAUUCAAGCUUCCUGCGGUGGACCUGAACCCGCCCAGUUAUCCAGAGCUGCAGGAGCCGGGUUUAAAGAGGCCCACCUUCAACAGGACGGCCCAGGGAUGGAUAUCUGAGGGCACCCAUCUGAUCCUCCCCACCAUCACCCUGGAACCCGUCAAAGUCCCAGAGUCUGAUGACCUGUAGGCGGUCUCGCUGUGUAACCCGGCACGUCCUGCUGCGGCAGCCGACACGAUGGCGAAGCCGUCAAUUACUCAUAAUCACAAGUCUGAACAAAUAUGUUGUCAGUCACGAGACACAAAAUGUCUCAGGACUGGUGUGUUCGGUGUAAACCUCCAGAAUGUAAAUAGCUAAAUGAACGUGUUCCACAUGAUUCAAAGUCGAAGAGCUUCCACCGACACUGAGAGCAAAACUGUCACUUUUAUAAAUGGUCACAUGAAUUGAUGAUGUAAUGUAAAUAAAGACUGAAACUUAUUUAUUGAUGGCAAAAACUGGGACAUGCAGCAAGUUAUAUUUGGUUAUUAUUGGGAAGCAGUAUUUCAAUAAAAUACUGUGAAGAAUCAUAUUAGAGGAAAAUAAAAUGAUGACGCUCGUUGUUCUUUUUUACCAUCAUGUAUAAAAAUCUUCAAAGGAAAUCUUCAUGUUAGAGCAACAAAUGCUUUACACACAAACACUAACAUGUCAAAUCAUCUAAAACUUAUUAUCAAAAUAAAAACAUCA